GGUUGACCCGGUGGCCGGUUGCUCGCCGACUCAGGCAGGCAGACGAGGGGCUCGGGUUUCGGCGCGGUUGGCCUGCAGCGGGCGAGCCUGGGCUCCGAGCGGCGCGGUGGUGUGGUUGCCAGGGUGGCCGCUCGCCAUGCCGUCCCGGGUGGAGGACUACGAGGUGCUGCACAGCAUCGGCACCGGCUCCUACGGCCGCUGUCAGAAGAUUCGGAGGAAGAGCGACGGCAAGAUCCUGGUGUGGAAAGAGCUUGACUAUGGCUCCAUGACGGAGGUGGAGAAGCAGAUGCUUGUGUCUGAAGUGAACUUGCUUCGGGAGCUGAAACAUCCAAACAUCGUCAGUUACUAUGAUCGCAUUAUUGACCGAACCAACACAACCCUGUACAUCGUAAUGGAAUACUGUGAGGGAGGGGACCUGGCUAGUGUCAUUUCAAAGGGGACCAAGGAUAGACAGUACUUGGAGGAAGAGUUUGUCCUUCGAGUGAUGACUCAGUUGACGCUGGCCCUGAAAGAGUGUCACAGAAGGAGCGAUGGUGGCCACACUGUGCUUCACCGGGACCUGAAGCCAGCCAAUGUCUUCCUGGACAGCAAACACAAUGUCAAGCUGGGGGACUUUGGACUAGCUAGAAUAUUAAAUCACGACACGAGUUUUGCAAAAACGUUUGUUGGCACACCCUAUUACAUGUCUCCUGAACAGAUGAGCUGCUUAUCCUACAACGAGAAGUCGGACAUCUGGUCCUUGGGCUGCCUGCUGUAUGAGCUGUGUGCACUAAUGCCUCCCUUUACAGCUUUCAACCAAAAAGAGCUAGCUGGGAAAAUCAGGGAAGGGAGGUUCAGGCGCAUCCCCUACCGCUACUCUGAUGGCUUGAAUGACCUCAUCACUCGGAUGCUGAAUUUAAAGGACUACCAUCGACCUUCAGUGGAAGAAAUUCUGGAGAGCCCUUUGAUAGCAGACUUGGUUGCAGAAGAGCAAAGGAGAAAUCUGGAGAGGAGAGGACGGCGCUCAGGCGAGCCUUCGAAGCUGCCGGACUCCAGCCCUGUGCUGAGCGAGCUCAAGUUGAAGGAAAGGCAACUGCAGGAUCGAGAGCAAGCACUCAGAGCUCGGGAGGACAUCCUGGAGCAGAAGGAACGUGAACUUUGUAUUCGAGAGAGACUUGCAGAGGACAAACUGGCCAGAGCCGAGAGCCUGAUGAAGAACUACAGCCUGCUGAAGGAGCACAGGCUCCUAUGUCUGGCUGGUGGCCCAGAACUUGAUCUUCCAUCCUCAGCCAUGAAGAAGAAGGUUCAUUUCCACGGGGAAAGCAAAGAGAACACCGCAAGGAGUGAGAAUUCUGAGAGCUACCUUGCCAAGUCCAAGUGCAGGGACCUGAAGAAGAGGCUUCAUGCUGCCCAGCUGCGGGCUCAAGCCCUGGCUGAUAUUGAAAAAAACUACCAGCUAAAGAGCAGGCAGAUCCUGGGCAUGCGCUAGGCCGGCAAGGCAUGGAGCUGGGUCAGUGUUGAUACUGACAACCCACUAGAGAUUGGUAUUCAGCUGCUGUCGUUUUGUGUGUCUGGUUCUGUGGGCGGGAACCUUUGUGUGUGGUGAGCUCGUGGCAUUGCUUGUGGUCUGCAAAUGGAUGUGUGUGUCUGCUUCCUAAUGUCCCUGUGUGAAAAGCAAGCUGUCUUUGCUGGUUGGUUGGGCUUUUGAUCCUGUGUGUGAUUACUACUUGGAAUAUGAGAUGGGGCACUAUAGAUACUAUAGAUCUUAGGAGAAAAUAAUGUUAGGGAAAGAAUAUUUAACCUGGAGGGCUCAGAGAGGCUCACACGCUGAGUGAUACCGCCUUCACUGUGGUUUCCAAGUGAGGCCUCAGCGGGUCCAUGACCUCACUGCUAACGGGAUGCGUAUGGCAGGGCCCACAGGGUUGCAUGUCAGAGGUGUUGUAAUGUUACAGGGAGAGACCCAGCCUCUGGCCUGACCUCCUGAUGAGAAGCCACUCACCAGCAUUCCCAUUCCAGGACGCUCACUGUGCCAGUUAACAUCAGAUUAGAAGUGGAGGGGAGGGCGAGGGCUGAAGCUUUUACCUAAGAAUAGGAUUUGCCUUAGGGAAGCGCGUGCCAUGGCCCUCAACACGCUGCUGUCCUGCAUCCUAGGCAGGCACUGGGGACAGGAGGCUCUGGGAGCCCCGAGAGCCCCCUCCUGCUGUGUGCAGGGCCUGUCCCCGUCUGUCUGUAUCUGACCUCUAGGUCAGUUGAUGACAUUAGUUAAGUGUUUCUGUACCUACAAGUAUAAGCCAAAAGGUCGGAAAUGCCUCAGAGUCACACAUGUGGUCUCCAAACAUUUAAUUUCUGAAGAGAACUGUCUUCAGAAAGUUGGUCUAUUUAAGGUGACUGGGGAAAAGGCAGGUCUCCUUUGCUCUCUGUCCACAGUCCCUUGAGAUGGCUUCAGAAGAGAACAGUGUUCAGUGUGCGUUAUUGAGGGCCCUGUAUGCCUUCACCUGUGUGAGGGCCAGAUUGCUGUUUGUCUACGGUUUCUUGAAGACCUCAGCUCAGCAGAAAGGAGUUCAUUUGCCCUAACAAGUACUGUUGGCUGAGAGGGGAGGUCAGAAGCAUGUAAUGCCAUUCGUUUCAUGGCUAAACACACAGACUCCUUGCAUUUUAAAAUUCUGUGCCUUUACUUCCUGGAGCUAUAAUAACGUGCUUGGGUGUGUGACUUGCCGAGGUUGGCUUUCCCAAUGCUUUAUGUAAACUCUGCUGUUGGCACUUGCAGCUGUAGAAGCUGUCGGAGGGAUUACUUACUUACGGUUAUAGCAUCUGGGGUCUCUUGCAGCUGCAAUGCCUGGGAUCUUUUGCAACUCUGACUUUUUCAGUAGCAGCUUGGAAUGUUAAAAUAUGGUGAGCCUCUUCUCUGUGAAGGAAGGGCCUGACAAUCUGCCAGCAGGGAGUCCUGUUAAAGACUGGGAACUCAGUGCAGUGGUUUUCCUGCCUUUCCCUUCUCCUUUGGUCUAUAGUGAUACUGACAGCAAUACAAAGUAAAAUCUGUGUAUAUAAAAAUCCUAAGUAUGAGGUCUUAAAUGUUCUGGAAUUUUAGAAAAAACUUAAUUGGAUGCAAUUGUUUAUAAUUAACAAGUCAUCUUAUUUAUAAAUUUUCCAAUAUAAUAUAAAUCUAUUUUGUGGAAAUUUA